AUGUCCAUUGUGGAAGUGGAUUCAACGAGGGCUUUGGUAAGCCAUUGGCGCAUCUUUCGGAUGAUUGGAUUGCAUCCGCCGGAUAAGGCGACCAUGUGGGGUCGCCACUACAGGGCGUACUCGAUAGCCUGGAAUUUGGCCUUUCACGUCUGCAUGUGGGUGUCCUUCGUGGUGAACUUCCUGCUGUCCAACUCGCUGGAGACCUUCUGCGAGAGCCUUUGCGUGGCCAUGCCGCACACGCUCUACAUGCUGAAGGUGAUCAAUGUCUAUUUGAAGCGCGACGAGAUGCUCCACAUCCACCAGUUGCUCCGGUAUCUGGACGGCCGACUGGGCUGCCCCGAGGAGUUCCGGAUUAUCGGCGAGGGAGUCGCCGCAGCGGAGUUCAUAUUCCGCGUCAUUUUGCGCGCCGUUGUCGGUGUGGUCGUUCUCGGCGUUUUUUACAUCUCCCUGGCCAGCGAACCCACGCUGAUGUAUCCCUCCUGGAUCCCGUGGAACUGGAAGGACACCACCGCCGCCUACCUGCCCACCAUCAUCCUGCACACCUUCGCCCUGAUAGAAACGGCCAUGGUGGUGCUCAAUUUAAGCACCUAUCCGUGCACCUACUUCAUCCUGAUCAGCGCCCACACCAAGGCGCUCGCCCUGCGAGUCUCCAGAUUGGGACACGGUCAAUCCCUCCCAGCGCACCGCAUGCAGGCCAUCCUGUUGGGCUAUAUACAGGACCAUCAGAUCAUUUUGCAUCUGUUCAGAUCGCUGGAGAGAUCCCUUUCGAUGACCUGCUUCAUGCAGUUCUUCUGCACAGCCUGUGCCCAGUGCACCAUCUCCUACUUCCUGCUCUUCGAGGAAGUGGGGAUCAUGAGGUUCACCAACAUGAUGUCUCUUCUGAUGGCCUUCACCACGGAAUCCCUGCUGCUCUGCUACACGGCGGAGCUCCUCUGCCGGGAGGGCGAGAGUCUGCUGGCGGCGGUCUACAGCUGCAAUUGGCUGGACCAGUCGGUCCACUUCCGGCGACUCCUCCUCCUGAUGCUCGUGCGCUGCCAGAAGCCGCUGAUCCUGGUCUCCGGGAUAAUAGUGCCCAUCAGCAUGAAGACCUUUAUGGUGAUGGUCAAGGGAGCCUACACCAUGCUUACUUUGCUAAAUGAAAUGCGCAAAGCGUCACUGGAAUACAACUAA